GUGCAAAAUCUUACCAUGUUGCUCUCCUCGAAGGUCCGUCGAAAGAUCCAUCAAACGGUGGACUGCCCUACAUCGGCCUUGGCCGUCAACUGCUUACAGUUUCCAUGCUGCAUGCCUACGGCGAGCCCUUGGGUUGACUUCCACACCGACGAUGGUGGCGCUGGCAGAGGGCUUUCGUUUUCAACGGCCGACUGGAUGCAGCAGCUCAAGGCUAUGGAUUCCUCGAUCAAGCUUCGUGACCUAGUAAUUCCGGGAACUCAUGAUUCAGCAUCGGUGACGAUCUCGGGAUGGAAGCCGUUUAGUGGAGUCGGACAAACACAAAAUCUUUCGGUUUACGAUCAACUGUGUAGCGGAGCCCGCUACUUGGAUAUUCGAAUGGCUGAUAACUCAGCCCACAACGGAGUCUCCAUUUGGCACGGGUGCUUAGAGGGAUGUCCAUUUGACCAAGUUCUGGAAGAAAUUCAUCAAUUUGCUGACGCACACAAGGGCGAGUUCUUGCUAUUGGAGCUUGUCCCCGAGUACGGGAAAGACUUUUCUCCCCAGAACCGUCUAGCAGCCUUGCAAAAGGUGCACAAGACUUUCGAUUCUUCCAUCAUCCGCGAUUUCUCAUCGUUGCUUGGUAGCUACACUCUCGCUGAUAUAAAGCCAAAUCAGAGUGUCGCCGUCCUUGUUCACCCUCGAUUCUAUAGUGACUUUGCGGUCGACGGCAAAUCAUACCAGCAAGACGAAGUGAAAGAAGCAUUUGGGUUCUUCAAUUCACAUGCUAUUUUCCGCAGUGUUUGGCACAACACUCGGAAUCUUGACAAUCUUCUUGAAGGAAAUCUCCAAGAUGUUCGAAAGCAUGGCGCGAAUAAGGCUCAGUGGCAUGCGGGUCAGUUUUUGCUCACCCCCGGCGUUGGUGGUGCAAGUGACGUGGUUCAAGCUUUAAUUGGUCAAAACAGUUUACGGCCUGUAUCGCAAGCUUGUCGUCUCUAUCAACCCAAGGUGCUGGACACGUUUCUGAGAGACCAUGCAACGGAAUCGUGGAACUGGAUUCUUUUAGACUUUAUCGACUUAUGCCCGGCUACCGUUCAUUUCAUUUUGGCGCUUAACGUCCCCAUCCAAUUGGAGAUAUUUGUGGCGGCAGUAAAGGGCAACGGUCACGUUCAAGAUGUCACGACUAGGAUUAAGACUUUCGUUCAACGAGGUAGGGUUCUCUUCUCCCCUAACUUGAUGAACGAUCUCCAGGUGGGUCCGUUGCUUUCUUCCUUGACUGUUGCUUACAGGCUCGGUGAAGAAUUUCGUGUCGUUACAAUUUCAAUUGAGAUUGAUACGAUGCUAUUGAUUAGUGCCUUGGGCACUAGUCAAUGCGACAGCAACGUUAUCGUUCCUUCGAACAAGGAAGGCUACGUUGGUGGAAGAGGCCUCACACAGUCGGCGCAGGAGGCAAUUGUCAAGUAUGAGUACAAGAAUAAAUUGUGCGAAUUCGAGCUUGUUGCACAGUGA